AUGGUAAAUGAUAUCAAAAAAGCCAAAUUAUUCAGCAUUUUAAUUGAUGAGACCCAAGACCUAUCUAGACACGAGCAACUAUCGUUUAUUGUUCGGUAUGUAGAUGAUAUGUUUCAACCACAUGAAGUUUUCUUAGGUUUUUAUAAAACGAAUAAAACUGACAGUGAAACACUUACCAAUGUUAUUAAAGAAGUACUUUUAAAAAAUUAUUUGAAAAUAGAAAACAUUCGUAGCCAGUGCUAUGAUGACGCUGCUGCUAUGAGAGGGUCAUAUACUGGAGUCCAGGCUAGGAUUAAACAAGAAAAUCCAAUUGCCAUAUAUGUACAUUGUUACGCACAUAUUUUGAAUUUAUGUUUAGUUGAUUUGACUAAACAAGUUUCAUUUGUCAGAAAUAUGUUUGGUACUUUGCAAAGCUUACAUAAUUUUAUCCAUGCAUCUUCAAAACGACAUGCUGUGUUUGAAUCAAUAUUUCUGGAAUCCUCGAAAAAAAGUGGUCCGUCAAAAUUAAAGAGUUUAAGUGAUACCAGGUGGAGUUGUAGAGCUGAAGCUUUAAAUUCAUUAUUUUUAAAUUAUGAGGUGAUAAUCAAAACACUUGAAGAAAUAUCUGAAACUGAUAUUUCAUGUGGUCCUGAAGCUACUUCUUUAUUAAAAAAUAUUGGUGAUUUUGAAUUUAUGUUUUGUUUGGUAUUUCUAAAAGAUGUUAUGACCCAUACAAAUAUAUUAUCUAAAUAUCUACAGUCUAUAAACAUGAAUUAUAAUGGUGUUAUUAGUAUGUCAACUCAUACAACAAAUAUUUUUAAAGAAAUGCGAUCAGAUAAAAAGUUUGGUGAAAUGUGGGAUAAAGUAAUUGAAAUACCAAAAGAAAAUAAUAUUGAACCUGCUCAAUUACCUAGAAAAAAAAAAUACCAAUGA